GCUACAGCAGCACCGGCAGUUGCACAUGGGCGAGAAGCCCCAUGUCUGCUCCACCUGCGGCAAGAGCUUUGCCCGAGUGUCGGGGCUGUGGAGCACCAGCGGGUGCACAGCAGUGAGCGGCCCUUCACCUGCCCCGACUGCGGCAAAGGCUUCAAGUCGUCCGCGGACCUGAAGGUGCACAGGCGCCUGCACACCGGCGAGCGCCCCUACACCUGCAGCGACUGCGGCAAGGGCUUCAUCCAGUCCAGCGGCCUGCUGGAUCACCAGCGCACCCACACCGGCGAGCACCCCUACACCUGCGCCCAGUGCGGCAAGGGCUUCACCCACUCCACCAGGCUGCUGAUACACCAGCGCACCCACACCGGCGAGCGCCCCUACACCUGCACCCAGUGCGGCAAGGGCUUCACCCAGUCCAGCAACCUGCUGGUGCACCAGCGCACCCACACCGGCGAGCGCCCCUACACCUGCGCCCAGUGCGGCAAGGGCUUCACCCACUCCUCCAACCUGCUGGUGCACCAGCGCACCCACACCGGCGAGCGCCCCUACACCUGCGCCCAGUGCGGCAAGGGCUUCACCCACUCCUCCAACCUGCUGGUGCACCAGCGCAUCCACACCGGCGAGCGCCCCUACACCUGCGCCCAGUGCGGCAAGGGCUUCACCCAGUCCAGCAGCCUGCUGGAUCACCAGCGCACCCACACCGGCGAGCGCCCCUACACCUGCACCCAGUGCGGCAAGGGCUUCAUCUGCUCCACCACGCUGCUGUCCCACCAGCGGGUUCACACCGGUGACAGUCUCGUCCCCAGCCCGGUGUGUGGAGAGCGCUCUGCCAUGGCCUCCCACUCCCUGUCUCACCAGCAGGUGCACACCAGUGGCCAGAGCUACGACUGCCCGUACUGCGGUGAGGUGUUUGACAGCUCGCGGGGGUUGCGGCAUCACCGGCGGGCCCACGCCGGCGAGCAGCUGCUCCCACUGUGACAAGAGAGCAUGGGGGCUGCGGGAGCACCAGCGGAUACACACCGGAGAGAGACCCUUUGUGUGCGCUGAGUGUGGCAAGGGUUUCACCCACAUGUCCAGCCUGUGGCAGCACUAUCGUACCCACAGCGGUGAGCGUCCCUUCCCCUGCCCGUCCUGUGGUAAGGGCUUCACCCGCCUUGACCACCUGCUGGAGCACCAGAGAAUCCACACCGGCCAGCGCCCCUUCACCUGCUUGCUCUGUGGCAAGGCCUUUGCCCGCUCCUCCAGCCUGCUGGCACACCGCCACAUGGAUAGAUAGGCGCUGUUUAGGUAAACACAAAAUACUGGAAGGAAUGGGUAACAUUUCUGGUCGAGACUCCAAAUCUGAGGAAGGACAUUAUUGCCAUAGAGGGAGUACAGAGAAGGUUCACCAGACUGAUUCCUGGGAUGUCAGGACUUUCAUAUGAAGAAAGACUGGAUAGACUCGGCUUGUACUCGCUAGAAUUUAGAAGAUUGAGGGGGGGGGAUCUUAUAGAAACUUACAAAAUUCUUAAGGGGUUGGACAGGCUAGAUGCAGGAAGAUUGUUCCUGAUGUUGGGGAAGUCCAGGACUAGGGGUCACAGCUUAAGGAUAAGGGGGAAAUCCUUUAAGACCGAGAUGAGAAAAACAUUUUUCACACAGAGAGUGGUGAAUCUGUGGAACUCUCUGCCACAGAGGGUAGUUGAGGCCACACAGUUCAUUGGUUAUAUUUAAGAGGGAGUUAGAUGUGGCCCUUGUGGCUAAAGGGAUCAGGGGGUAUGGAGAGAAGGCAGGUACGGGAUACUGAGUUGGAUGAUCAGCCAUGAUCAUAUUGAAUGGCGAAUGGUGCAGGCUCGAAGGGCCGAAUGGCCUCUACUCCUGCAGCUAUUGUCUAUGUUUCUAUGAGACCCUCCUCAGUCUCGACCUGAAAUGUCACUCAGUCCUUCUGUCCAGAGAUGCUGCCUGCCCCCUGAGUUACUCCAGCGUUUUGUGUCCUUUUUUGUAAACCAGCAUCUGCAGUUCCUCGUUUUUAAACCAUUCUGGUUAACUAUGCAAUACUCCAAACGCUACCUGAACAAUGUCCCUUAAUGCUGCACAUAUACAUUCCUCUCUCCUUAUCUCACAUCCUUUUAUCUCCUUAUUUUCCCUCGCCUCUGUCACGUUUCCAAAAUAGUAACAAAAGAUGCUGUGUGCCUUUGUUCAUUAGAGUGAUGGCCCAGGACGGUUAAGGGUGUGUUGCAUACUUGACUUUGUAUCCCCUGCCACUCUUGCCGGCUAAAUCUUAUAUUACUAAAAGUCUGAUCUCUACUCACUGUGCUACGAUUUCCGAGAGAAUGCCGCCCCCUACGGCCGUGAUUUUUGGCCACCUCGCUCAGAGCCCCCCUCCGCCUUCCGGGACCAGAGAGAUGUUAAUGUUUUAUUUUUUAAUGCCAUUCUCUCUGCUGGAGGGAGGGGGAGGGUCUAUAAAACCAGGAAGUGGUGUGCCUCACUCAGUCUCUGCAAGAUAGAGGAAUCCAGCGGGUCACGUCUUUCUGAGCUCAGAAUAACACUGAACACAUGUCUACUCAACUGUAUUCAAGAAGGAACAGCAGAUGCUGGAAAUUCCGCUGAGCUUCUCCAGCAUUUUUGUGUACCUUCUACUCAACUGUGAGUGCCCUUAAUGUGGCUUGAAAAUGAAAAUAUGGUUGGUUUGAAGUAAAAAGACACUACCUACAAAUGGUUGUUUGGGUUGAAGUAAAAAGGCACUGCCUGCAAAUGGUUGUUUGGGGGGGUUUGGGUUGUAGUGAAAAGCCCCACCCCUCCAAUGACCACCAAUAUUGGAAUAUUGCGUUGAGGGACUAGCCCUCCCGUGUGAACAUAGAACCCAACAGGUCCCACUUUGUCUGGUAAUCAGUAAAGUUUGUGUUGGUUGAU